CGAAGUUAGGUUAGGUUAGGUUACGUUGUCAGCUGUGCACGAAAGUGUUUUGGAAUGCGAUACACAUGAGCGGAUUAAACAUAAUGUUAACACGUUCAUAUCAUCGCAAAUUACCUUUUACACUUUUUUACAUGAAAUUAUUGAAUACUUUUUAAGCAAAACUACCCAGGCAGCAAAAUGUCAGCAGAUUGGCAGCAAAUGUAUCGGAAACUCAUACCAAAAACCAUUAGCCAUCUGUGUCCGCAUUUGGCUUUUGUCUUGGCAACAGAGUCUGUAAAACAUACGCUGUCAACAGAUUGUCGGCAGAAACCGAGCAGGUCCUGUUACGUGAGCAGAUUAUAUCAGUUCCUGUGUGCAAUCUGUAGUCCUUCUGCCUUCAGUAGUUGGCAUUUGAUGAAAUCUGUCCUGACAGAGUUUGGCUACCUGGAGUAAAAAUUAUAGACGAUGAUAUAGACUUGAAGAAUAUGAGACCCGUCGAAGAGGGUGAAUUCGAUAUCCUUUUAGACGGGGAGGACGCCCCUCAAAUUGCUGGUAUAGUUGACGAACGUGGACCGGUCGAUUUCACAGAUAAGAAAAGGUGGAAAAUUAUAACCGAGAAUGACGAAGGCGACUUAACUAUUAUUAAUCGUGCUGUCGGUCAAGAGAAAAGAGAUUGUGACGAGACAAGUGUCAAGUGGACCAAUGACGAUCCGAGUCCACCUAGGGCCAGGCAUUCCAAAACUAAACAUAUGGACUCGAGUCCUCGUGGACGAUCUAAAGAUGACAGUUCGGGUCUGAGUCCACCUAGACCUAAGCAGUCUAAAAAUAAACGUGCGGAUGUGAGUCCGGACGAACGGUCGAAAGACGAUAGUUCCGAUCUGAGUCCACCUAGACCUAAGCGUUCUAAAGACAAGCACGUCGAUUCAAACUCGGGCAGACGACCUAGGAACGACGAUUCAGAUUUGAGUCCACCUAGACAAUCGAAGAACUACGAUUCGGAUUUGAGUCCACCUCGACAGUCCAGAAACAAUGAUUCUCACUUGAGUCCGCCCAGGAAGCCGAAAAAUUAUGACUCGGAUUUAAGUCCGCCUAGAAGUGCGAAACAUCGGACUUCGGCACGCGGUACAUCUGGACGAAGCUACCGAGGUUCAGGUAACAGAGACAGCGAUUCGGAUCUUAGUCCACCUAGAAAAGGUCGCAAGCAGAGUCUAGAUACCGAUUUGUAUGAAAGCAGAAAAAGUAUGAAGGGCAGAGAUUCGGAUGUAAGCGCAUCUCGGCGUAACGAGCACCGGUCUCGGAGAGACAAUUCGCCACGUUCCAUUUCGCGUAGAGACGACAGGAGGCACGAUCACCAUGAUAAAAAAAGUUCAUCCAGGCCAGACAGAUCAAGCCGGGAUAAGCGGGAGAAGAAGUAUGAAGAUAGAGAUCGUAACUCCCGAUCGUACUCGGAUACGCGGGCAAGAAGGAAAAAGACGCGGUGGGACGAGGAGACGGACGAUGCCGAACGCGGGCACACGGGGACUCAUUCCAGAAAUCACGACGGUCUACCGACAAAGACGCUGGACGGGAAAGUAGCAGGGUUCCAAGCUGCGAGAGCAUUGCGAGAAGAAACCGAGGCCUAUAAACGGCAAGAGGCAGAGCACUUUAACAAGCUGAGUAAAGAGAUCACCGGAGAAGGACAAGCCACGAUUGUGCGUGACAAAACGGGGAGAAAGCGCAAUCUAGAAGCGGAGGCGGUGGAAAAACGGGAACAGGAAACGAAGCAACGGGAGAUCGACGAGAAGUACGCCAAAUGGGGCAAAGGCCUGAAACAAGUGGAGGACCACGAGGAUAAAUUAAAGAGCGACUUGUACGAGAUGCACAAGCCUUUGGCGAGAUACGCGGACGACGCGGAUCUAGAUAAAGAAUUGAGAGAACAGGAGAGGGAGGGCGAUCCUAUGCUGAAGUACAUAAAGCAGAAGCAGAUAAAGGAGGGGAAAAGAAAGCCAGAUUCCCCGCAAUAUCAAGGCUCGUACGCGCCAAAUCGAUUCGGCAUUAAGCCCGGUCAUCGAUGGGACGGGGUCGAUAGAAGUAACGGGUACGAGAAGAAGUGGUUCGAGGCACAAAAUGCGAAAGUAGCGCUGCAAGAAGAUGCCUAUAAGUGGAGUACAGCCGACAUGUGAUCAUGUUCACACAUGUUACUAUAUAACAGAAGUUUCCGAUUCUAUUUCCAUCGAUCGUUAGUAAAGAAGAGUUAAUAAAGAAGAUUUUAAAUAUUUCGAUAA